ACGUCUCUCUACCAUUUGACACAGUACAUACAAUAAUGUCUCAACAAAACAUAGGUGGUGCAAGCUCUUCAAACGAUGAAGGAGCAGGUAGCAGUAGGGAACAAGACCGUUUGUUGCCUAUAGCUAACGUUGGUCGCAUAAUGAAAAAUAUUCUUCCACCAAAUGCAAAAAUAUCAAAAGAAGCAAAAGAAACAAUGCAAGAAUGUGUGUCUGAGUUUAUUGGAUUUGUGACUAGUGAAGCAUCGGAUAAGUGUCGGAAAGAGCGUCGGAAGACGGUGAACGGCGACGACGUUUGUUGGGCUUUAGGAACAUUAGGGUUUGAUGAUUAUGGUGGAGCAUUGAAGAGAUAUUUACAUAGAUAUAGAGAGAGUGAAGGUGAAAAAGUUAAUCAAGAACAAGCAGGAGGAGGAUCAGGAUCUCAUCAACCAAGAAAUUAUCUUGAUUAAUUAGGGUUUUAAUUUCUUCUUGAUUUUUACUAAUCUUUGUUAAUUAAUUACAAAGAUUUGAAUUUGUUUAAAUGGAAUCAUAUACAAUAAACACAUCCUUGAUUUUCAAAGUUUGAUUUCUCUUUUGUUGAUUUUUCUAACAAGUUUGAUUUCUUUAUAAGAUCAAUUAAAGUUGUACUUUUUUUUGGGUAUGGGUUCAAUUGAUAUAUCUACACCUUUUUGUACUAUGAACUGAAGCAGGAGAGAUUUUCUAGCUCUUUAC